AUGCCCCCCGGCCCAGAAAAAAAGCCUGCUGCCAGUGGAAGGGGCCGUCCGCGGAACCCACCGACUGAGGCUAGUGCUGAAGUGCCAGAGAAGAAAAAACGGGGCCGCAAGCCUGGUCUGCUUAGCAAGAAGACCUUAGCGAAUCAAAAACGUCAGAAUUCCCGUAUGUUGAAGAAAGCGGCGGCACUACCGGAAGUUCAGAAGUUAGUGGUGCCUUCUACACCUGUUCUGGAUCCUCCUGCUAAUGUGCGUCCUCGCCAGAUCCUGGUGAUGCUGCUAUUGGCACUGCCAUUGCCAGCAGACUUGGGCCCGGUGCCUAAGAUGGAACCUGCGGAGACGGUGAAGCCUGAGAAAGCAGUUUCGCCAAGAUCGAGAUCAAGGCAUGCGCUGCCUGUGUUUGUGGAGCCGCAAUUAGCGGUGCCGAAACCUGGAUACCUGGGUUUCCCUCUCGAGGCACUUCCACCCAACAAAAGUAAACCCAAAUCCACUGGCCGUGGCCGAAAACCAAAGGACAAAGGAACGCCUUCACCUGAUCUGGCUGCUGAAGCGGCUGCUGCUGAAGCUGAGUCUAGCUACGCAUCUAAGCUUGAGACUGCCAGGCUGGACCAGCUCACAGAAGACUCCGAGUUGCGAACUCCAGUUCGCCCACUCGUGAAAAAACGUGGUAGACCACCAAAUAAGAACAAGAACAAGAGCGUUCCUUCGACACCAAAAAGCAUUAAACGGAAGAGUGAUGGUACGCCUGGUUCCAGAAACACUAAGCGUCUCAAAAUCACUCUGCCUAGAAAACCUUCACUCUCACUUGUACCCAACGAUGUUGAGCCACCGGCAGACGAAGAAGAUGCAUCCGAUAAUGAUGAUUACUGUGCCGCAUGCGGUGGAACAGGUAUAUUCAUUUGUUGUGACUCAUGUCCAAAGUCCUUCCAUUUACUAUGCUGUGAUCCCCCUAUUCGAGAGGUUCCGGAAGAUAACUGGAACUGUAAUGAUUGUCGUGCGGCACAAGGAAUGGAUGUGCGGCGACUGUGGAACGAGAUUGGCCUUUUUGGUCCACUUGUCAAUUCCCUCCAUGGCCGCAAUCCGUUUGAGUUCCGCUUACCCAAACGUCUCAGAGAUGGGACCUUCAUUAGUGUCAGCAGUGGUGACGGCCAUCAGUACACAGAUACGCUGUUGAAGCCAGAGUUAUCUUAUAGUAAGAUCAAUGGAGGCCAGCUUGUGGGUUAUAAUAAGAAUGAAGAUUUGGACAUCGAUGGGCUCUAUGACAAGGAUGGAAAGCCAUAUUUGUGCCAUCGCUGUCGAAAAUCUGGACUACAAAGACGGACUUUGGUUUCUUGUGACUACUGUCCUCUAAGAUGGCAUCUUGACUGCUUGGCCGAACCAUUGGCCCUGGCCAAAACAUUGGGACUCAAGUGGAGAUGUCCAAAUCAUGUUGAGUCGCUAUUGCCUCCCAAUUGGCUGGAACAUCGCAGCUUCAGAGAUACUACAGUCAUUGAUGCUGCAAUGCAUAGCCAUUUCUUACGGCUAAUGCAGACCAGUAAUUUUUUAAUCAAGCAUAAUGACCAGCCUUACCUUUCAGAUCACCGCCAGCCUUUGCUACAUGAAUAUCUACAGUAUCAAAAGGAAGAUUUUGUGUCUAAUAAGAUGGCAUUUGUUGAUGAAGCUGAAAAGGCAAAUUUCGAAGAGACUUCGGACAAUGAAGAUGAUUUGGAUCCGAAAUUUAAAGUCCCAGACUUCUUGCAAAACUAUGCAGUCGAUGGUCGGGUGGUUUCUAGAGGAUCACGUCGGUUAGGCAAGGUGCUCUUAAUGACCAAUGCCGACGACCCAGAGCAGAAACCGUUUAUAUAUAGAGUUCCGGAGCAGCAAGUUCUUCUUGAUUUUAUUUCCACGCGCAAUACUAAAAAUCAAAUUAUGAAGCAACUUCGCAGCUAUGAGGAAAAAGCGACUGAGGAAGAGGAGCAAGAUGCAACUGCUGUCGAGGUUUUGGAGCAGUUGCAAAAGACUCCAGUUGAGAAGGGGACGCCGCUUAAUUUGGAUGAGUUGGUCGCCGCUGCAAUGUCUACUUUAAGAUCAGAGACGGGUAUUACUUCAAACAUGAAGAGCGAUGGCAGUAUGAGUUCUGCCAACGUCUCACUGGAUUCUUCUAAUACUCGCGACCUUCCUCUGCAUUCGAAGUCUAAUGGGACCGUCAAGCCCAGUGGAGCUAAGCGCGGUAGGAAGCCUGGUGUCAAAGUAUCAAAGGAAGAGCUACAAGAACUUCGCCAGAUCAAGAAACUUUUGGAGAUCAAGGGAAAAGACGCGAUGCUUGCCUUCUUACUGUCCUAG